AUGUCUCGCUCGCCGAAUCUACUCCAAGGCACGGACUACGCGAUAGCAAUGUCCCCGGUUGUGGACACCGUCAACGAGCCUACCAUCGAAGGACGAGCGAUUCGUGCGCAGUGGAUCGUGUACACGUCUGCUGCCGUCGCUAUGUUGGAAGCUUUCCAGUAUGGUUGGUCGAGUCACCAGAUCAGUCUCCACAAAUUCAACAACACCGAUGAUUGCAACGCUCGUCCGGUGGUUGAGGGGACUUGCAUUAUGUUCCCUGGACACACUAAGACCACGUGGACUUUGCUGUCCAACGCAUGGAUUGUCGGAGGUAUGGUAGGCAGUUUUCUAUCGGGUAUCCCGUCCAACAAGUACGGGCGUCGGAUGACUCAUCGCUUCAACACCGUCGUCAUGGUGCUGGCCUCGAUUUCAACCCCUCACAACCGUCACGCUCUCGGUACCAACACGCACUUGGCUGCCACACUCGGUAUCUUAGGUGUGGCGACGACGUUCUGGUACUGGAACACGACGUCCGGUAUCCGCUGGAUCGCUGCUAUCCCGAUCAUUCUCGCUGCCGGUUAUCUACUCUGCUCCUACUUCGUUAUGGUUGAGAGUCCUGUGUGGCUUGUUGCCAAGGGCCGUGAACAGGAAGCGGAGCGAGAGAUCGCUCGUUUGUACGGCAAAGAGAACGUUGAAGCCAUGAUGAGCUGGAUUCAAACUCGCGAACAACGAACCAAACUACCGUCUACUAUCAGUGGUGAGUCGGUGCAGAUGGAAGCGGAGCGUCCGUGGACGAUCUUGGCCAAACCAAAGUUCCGCAAGCAACUCGUAGUGACCUUGGGUCUCACAUGUAUCAACCAAUUGGUUGGAAUUAACGCCGUUUUCUGGUACUCGUCGUCUAUUUUGACUGGAGCUGGCAUCGAGGAUGCACGUCUCGGUGUGGUUAUCAUCGACAUUCUUCCCGUCGUUCAGGUACCGAUCGCUGCUUACGCUACACAGUUCCUACCGAAACGUCCGAUGCUUCGUUGGGGCAUCGCUAUUAUGGCCGUGUGCUGCAUCGGAAUGACGUUCUCUAUGGUCUACAGUGUCGGUUGGCUCUCCGUCACCAUGCUCGGUAUCUACGUGGUUGGCUACGACGUCAGCAUCGGCCCGUUGCUCUGGCCCAUGAUCGCUGAGCUCUUCCCAGACUCGGCGCGUGGUGGUGCUGUCGGGAUCUGCGUCUUCUUGAAGUGGACCUGCGCGCUCAUUAUCGGCAUCGCGUUCCCGUACAUCCAGGACGCCAUCACGGACUACAGCUUCACGCCGUUCCUGGCUACUACUUUUCUGUCGAUCAUCUUCAUCUACUUCAUGGUGCCGGAAACGUCGGACUUCACGAUCGCCGAGAUCCAAAAUGGCUUCCGUGGCGACGAGAACCUCCACUCGGUCAAAAGACAACAGUGA